AUGCUUGCCAUAUGCUGGCUUCCAUGGACUUUCUUCGCAUUCACUCGACCUCGAAAGUAUUCCGAAGCUCGAGUCAGGAAAGAUCCUGAAGGUACUUCAACGGCUUACUGGGAACCCAGAUUUAACCCUAAAUCUACUCCCAAAAAGGAGAAAAAACCUCCACAGCCCAAAGUAUAUGUACAAAUCCGACAAAUCGAAGAUCCCGAAUGGGUGAAAUGGUUGCAUAAAUACAAGUUACGCAGGAGUGAUUACAUGCACGCCAAGACGUCGGAGGAAAUGCCCGAACGAUGGAUCGAGGUUUUGGUGAAAAGAGAUUUCCUUCGAUCAUGGGAUAUCUUCGGUAAACCAAAACCAUUGCAUUUGGAUGGCGAUGAUGAAAAACCAAAGUAUCGUAGAAGUAGUGGGUACAUCGAAAGGACUUGGGACGCUUUUGAGGUAUUCAGCGAUUUGUGGAGGACUUUGGACAGACAGGGACAGCAAGUCGCAGGGGUGAUUUGUGGACUUGUCUUGCUUGUCAUGCAGAUUGAGAUGAUUGGUCAUGACCUGAGCUCGGAUACGGUGGUAAAAUACUAUAACGAUCUUACCAGUGGGAUGAAGAAAUCGUCCGACAGAUUGGAUGGAGACGAUACUUGCGCCUACGCCACCGGGCUCGGCGUAGCCAACUGGGGUAGUGGAUUGGAGAAUUUGGCCAUAUUAUGUCUCAUGCUCGUCAUGGAAGAGUUCAUCAAUGUUCGACUUGGUCUUUUCGCUCCACAGUGGAAUCGUAUAGGCACGGGUUAUACAAUCAUGUUUCUUGCAUGCGCCACGCUGGCUACUUCUUCAAAUUGGGGUAUCAGAGUCUUUAUCCGUCUUCGCUACGUUUCUCUCGUCGCCAUUUUCUUAGUCGGUUUAUACAACGUUGUUCACACCAUGAUAGCGCUAAACGGAUGUUUCGGCCAUGAAGAACAAGAUAGUGUUCAACGAUAUGGUCGUUGUCCCUUACGUACAUGGACCGCCGAAGAAUGGGCCGAUCCGACUCUACAUCAUCAAUUCGCGCAAAAUCAAGCCGUUUGGGACACGCGAGAUCCUACCGGGGGAUUGAGACCCUCAGACGAAUACAUCCCGUGGCCCUUCAGGCUACAAUCUUGGAUAGGUGAUUGGGCGACUCCGUUAAAAAGAGUUCAGAUCAAGGCGUUGGAGUGGGCGAUACAUGUGGGACGUAGACGUUUGCACCCGAAUCAGGUGGAGCAAUUUGAGAGAUAUCUGGAGGAUGUGAUACAUGCUGCCGAACAUCAGACUGUGUAUGCAAAGACCGAUUUACAGAGACAGAGGGAAAAGGGUCAAGUGGAUAGAACAUUGAUCCAUGGGUGGCCGAUAAAAUCAGUUGAUUUGACACCUCGGCAGAAAAAUGAUGCACUCCGACGUUCAAAGUACAAUUACGGACAGAAUGUCGUAGGAUUACCAGAUUAUCAACCUCAUCUCAAAGCGGAGCAUUACAGAUAUAAAUAUUAUUUCCUGUGGUUUGACAUUCGUCGUGCUAUGGCGGCUCUUUGCGCUGUGGGAUUAUUCGGUAUUCACGUGGCUAUUUGUGUGAGCGAUCUGGGAUUUUCAAGUUUACCAGCAUACAACGACGCCUACGCUCAAGCUGUGUCUUCUUGGAAAUCGAAUGGCGGACCUGAUCCAAGUCAAUGUCAAUAUUUUGCCGAUUCAACGGUGUCUAUCUGGGUAUAUCCAGGAACGAGUACUUAUCGAAUGGUCACUAGUCUAUUAGCUUGGCAAGGUAUGUGGCAUGCUUUUAUCAUGGGAAUGUGUGUUGGAGUUUUCCUCGUUGCGUGGUCUAACAACCGAACAUUCGGGAUGCAUCUUCCUUUCCCGCCUAUAACGCUCAUUGGACCGAGGUUAAGUUCGAAUUCGAUGGGAUGGACAUUAGGUUUUAUAGCAUGGGCAACAUUACAACUUGGAUUCUUUAGAAAUGACGAUGAUGGUGUAUUAGGUGUAAGAUUCGUUUGUUAUUCAAGUUUAGUAUGUUGGGGUACAUUUUUAUUCCCUAACGAACAUAUGCGUAAUUUAUAUCAAAGGAAUCCUUUUUGGGGAGCUUUAUCUGAACUUGGAGCUGUUUAUAUGACAAAUAUGAAAGUCGCUUAUCAUUAUAUGGAGGAGGAUGAUGAUUGA